CCUUCCUUAGCAGUGUUCAACUCAACCCGACCGAGUGAUAGGAUAGUGAAUCAAUCUACAAACAACGUGUAAUUUUCACUUCUUAAUAAAUACUAGUAUUCACUACCCAACUUUUAAUUAUAAAAUCAUAACUCAGUGGCUACAAAUCCAUAGUUUUUUAGGUUAGUUGCUGGCAUUGGCAAGCAAUCUGGUUUCUCUCUCCUCUCUGCACUGCACCCCACAACUCAAACUGAGCAGUCACAGACACAGGUAUGCUCUCGCUGGACACUUCCUAGUUUUCAACUACAUGUGUUCAUGCCUUGUGGGGAAUGCCUCUAAUUGCUGUCUCAUCUGUUGGAUCAUUCAGCUCAAACUCCCACUUCUGUCUCAUUUUCAAUUUUCCGGUUUUAUCGACAAUCCCCACAUAGAAUACCCGUUGGCCAACCGACCUCCUUACCAUUCAAUUUCGUCGGGUUUCAGCAACGACUUCCACUUUUUUUAUUAGUUAAGAGAACCCCCCCCCCAAAAAAAUGAAGAAAACUACUUUCUUUUUUACGUCUAAGUCUCUCUUCUGUUACUAGUCAGUCUUGUGGUGAUCUCAAAGCCUCUAACUUUCCUCAGAGGUUGACGAUUUUCGGUUUUGGCACCCAAGGGGUUGAAUUUCCUGGCAUGUUGUGUGUCUUUAAAACAUCUAUGAACUGUUGUUGGCACUUGGCAGAUAAUUAUUGCAUCUAGCAACCCAUAAAGACGGUGACUAUGAGUAAUCUGCAAAAUUUUAAUGCUAUACUCUGUGUCUCUGAAUGACCAUCAAGUGAUCCGGUGCGGUUGGAAAGAACCUUCCGAAUUACAAAGAUUGACUACUUGUUAUUCUCAUUGGUGGAGUUAAUAGUUAUUUUGUAGAUGCAAACGUCUCAGAAACACCCAAGUUCAGCUGGUGUCCAUUUCUAUCACCAGCCUGUGCAAGGCAUUUACCAAAUGUUGCAAAGCAAUCUAUGCCAUGAUAGCAGCAGCCAGGGAACAAGUGUUUCUUUUGAAACCUGCAAGGAGCAAUACUUUACUCUAGAAUCAUGCCCAGCACCCACUACUUGUUUCGUGGAUUGUGAUGAUUCUCCUUCCUAUGCCAGUGUAUCAUCUAAAAGGACUCCAUUUUCUCCACAGGGUUCUCAGUCAUGCUAUUCAGAUCACCAGCAGUCCUCUGACAACACCUACGGUUCGCCAAUAAGCGGCUUGUCCAGUGUUGAUGACGGGCAUGAACUGAAGCACAAGCUUAGAGAACUGGAGAUUUCAUUGUUGGGGCCUGAACAAUCAGACAGUUGCGGCUGCUGCGUCGUCAAGGGUGGCCUCCAGGGAUCAUCUCAGUUGGCUAAACAUAACUGGGAUCAGAUUGCAGAGAACGUUGCACAAUUUGACUUGAAAGGAGUCCUCAGGGUAUGUGCACAGGCUGUGUCUGAUGAUGAUGUUCCAACAGCAAGAGGCUGGAUGGAUAAUGUAUUGGGGAAAAUGGUAUCAGUCUCUGGUGAUCCAAUCCAGAGGCUGGGUGCUUACUUAUUGGAGGGGCUUAGAGCAAGGUUGGAAUCAUCAGGGAAUCUCAUCUACAAAUCCUUGAAUUGUGAACAACCAACAAGCAAAGAACUAAUGAGUUACAUGCACAUUUUGUACCAGAUUUGCCCGUACUGGAAGUUUGCAUACAUAUCUGCAAAUGCUGUCAUUGAAGAAGCAAUGGCAAAUGAGUCCAGGAUUCACAUAAUUGAUUUCCAAAUUGCGCAGGGCACGCAGUGGCAUUUACUUAUCCAGGCUCUUGCACAUAGGCCUGGGGGACCCCCCUCCCUUCGUGUGACAGGUGUUGAUGAUUCGCAGUCGAUUCAUGCACGUGGUGGAGGACUUCAGAUUGUAGGAGAAAGGCUUUCAGAUUUUGCCAGGUCUUGUGGAGUUCCAUUUGAAUUCCGCAGUGCUGCAAUAUCUGGCUGUGAGGUUGUACGAGGAAAUAUUGAAGUUCUACCCGGAGAAGCUCUGGCUGUAAGUUUUCCCUAUGUUUUGCACCACAUGCCUGAUGAGAGUGUGAGCACUGAGAAUCACAGAGAUAGAUUGCUGAGGUUGGUUAAGAGGUUGUCUCCCAAGGUUGUUACCAUUGUUGAGCAAGAAUCCAACACCAACACGUCCCCAUUCUUUCACAGGUUUGUUGAGACCCUGGAUUAUUAUACUGCAAUGUUUGAAUCUAUAGAUGUGGCUUGCCCCAGAGAUGACAAGAAGCGGAUUAGCGCAGAGCAGCAUUGCGUGGCACGAGACAUCGUCAACAUGAUAGCUUGUGAGGGGGUUGAGAGGGUGGAGAGGCAUGAACUUUUGGGAAAGUGGAGGUCAAGACUUUCCAUGGCUGGAUUUAAACAGUGUCAAUUGAGUUCUUCAGUGAUGGUUGCUAUACAAAAUCUCCUAAAGGAGUUCAGUCAAAAUUAUAGGCUUGAACAUAGAGAUGGUGCUCUUUAUCUUGGUUGGAUGAACAGACAUAUGGCCACCUCUUCUGCUUGGAGGUGAAACUCACUGAUUCGAGAGUUUGCCUCCUUUUUGACCUUUAAUUGAGCAUAAUUCACCAUAUAUCCGUAGUAGUCUCUCCAUAGGACUUGAGAUUUACCUCUGUUCUAAAAUGCUUUCUGUAGAAUCUCAAAGCUCGUUGUAAAUGCUAAUACUGAAACGAAAGAAAAGAAACGUCUGUUAUGACUCUAGCAUUAUUUUCCUGCCCUCUUCCGCUGGCUGUAGUGUUAUUUUAACUAAUGUGAUAUGAGUUGGAUACUCGUUUAGUUCCUUGUACUGACUCAAAUGAGAAACCUUACACUACAGAUUUACAUUAAGCUCAAGGUUUUGUUGGUC